GACCUUUAACCCCUGAAGUGGACUCGUCCAGUUACCACGUUCUUUCUUGACAAGGACACGGACUAACAGAAAUGUCUCUGUCGGCGCUAACUUAUAUCGCCAGGCGCGGGAUGGCCACCAAACUCACGGUGAAAAACCUGGCCAUCAUCGGCAGCGGUCAGAUGGGCGCGGGGAUUGCACAGGUUGCAGCUGCGACAGGCCACAAGGUAGUUCUGUGUGACACGGCUGCAGACAUCCUGGAGAAGGCCCAGGCAGGCAUACAGAAGAGCUUACAGAGAGUCGUCAAGAAGAAGUUUGCAGAUGAACCUGAGAAAGGCCAAGAGUUCAUCAGCACCACCAUGGCUAACAUCGAGAUAACCACAGAGCCAGCCAAGGCUGUGGUGACAGCUGACCUGGUGGUGGAGGCCAUAGUGGAGAACCUGGCUGUCAAACAGGAACUCUUCAAAACACUGGACAAAUUUGCACCUGCGAAGACCAUCUUUGCCAGUAACACGUCAUCCCUGCCCAUCACUGCCAUUGCCAACAGUACAACACGUCAGGACAAGUUCGCUGGACUGCACUUCUUCAACCCUGUCCCUAUCAUGAAACUUGUGGAGGUUGUUCGCGCUCCUGGGACCAGUCAAGCCGUGUACGAGUGUCUGAUGGAGUUCAGCAGAGCUCUGGGGAAACACCCCGUCACCUGUAAGGACACCCCAGGUUUCCUAGUGAACAGGUUGCUGGUUCCCUACCUCAUGGAGGCUGUCAGGUUAUAUGAGAGAGGUGAUGGCAGUAAGGAGGAUCUGGAUGUUGCCAUGAAGCUGGGAGCAGGAUAUCCCAUGGGGCCGUUUGAGCUGCUAGACUAUGUCGGACUGGAUACAUGCAAGUUCAUCAUGGAUGGUUGGCACGAGUUGGAACCAGACAACCCGCUGUUUGCUCCCAGUCAGUUGGUGAAUGAGCUGGUGGCAGCAGGGAAACAUGGGAAGAAGACAGGGGAGGGCUUCUACAAGUACUAACUCAUCAUCGUAUACAAGGAACCAUAAUUAGGCCACAGCAAGUAUAUUUUAUGGAUGACAUCCUCCGCAGACUCCAAUUCUAAUGCGAGCGGGCGAAAAAAACAAGAC